UACUCCUCUGGUGUCACUGCAGAUAUUGCCAGUCCCAAACGGCAGAGUGUUGUUUUUGUUUUUUUGUUUUUUUUCUCUUUGCCUGUCUAAUCUUUUUGAGGUCACUGGCUGACCACAACAACUAGAAAAUCUCUCCCUUUUCUCUUCUUGUCCUCUCCUCUUCUCUCUCAAGUCUUAUCCUUCUCCUAUUAUUUUCACCACAUUUUCAAAUUCCUCACUCAUUCAAACAUUGUUCACUUCCUUACCUUUCCCCCAAAACAAUGGCCAAAGCCAAGCCUAAAAUACUAGCAUCCCUCUUAAUACUACUCAACUUCUUUUUUGCAGCAUGUGCCAUACAAGAAUCCAGAAGUCAAGUAGCACUUCCUUACCGUGAAAGGAUCUCUGAUAUUUUCUCUCCAACUCAAAAAGAAUCACUUUUUCAGGGUGGUAUAAACAAAGAAGUACUCAUGAAGAAAAUUCGGCGAAUGAUGAUCGGAUCCACAGCGCCAACAUGCACUUACAAUGAAUGUAGAGGAUGCAGAUACAAAUGCAGAGCUGAACAAGUCCCAGUUGAAGGAAACGACCCAAUCAAUAGCGCAUACCACUAUAGAUGUGUUUGUCAUCGGUAAUUAAUAUUAAUAUUAGAUUAAUUUAAUGACCAAAAUUAUGUCGUUUAUAUAUGCUAUGUGUUAGUUUAUGUUGAGACUUGAGAGUGUGUUUCCCAAGUUGAAUUCAGAGGCUAAUUAUGGAGCUAGGUUAGCAGUACUGUCAAAUUUGUCAAAACAAAGUCCAAUAGUUUGGUUUUGUUUUUCAUAUGCUCAACACAAGUGUACUAAAAAAAAAAAAUAAUAAUUUAGUUUGUGAUGUUAUUAUACAUUAAUAUAAUCAAGU